GGAAGCACUUGCAGGUACUUCCGGUGGUCGGGGACCCGCGGCUUCUUCGGAGAUGUCUUGGGUUCAAGCUGUCCCCGAGAUCCUCAGCCCUGGGGAUCAGGACGUGUUUGACGAGGAAGCGGACGAGACUCUGUUAGUGCAGCGGGAAUGGCAGGGACACAUGCGGAGACGAAUCCAAGAAGGUUACAGAGAUGGAGUAGAUGCUGGCAAAGCAGUUACUCUCCAACAGGGCUUCAAUCAAGGUUAUAAAGAAGGUGCAGAAGUCAUUAUAAACUAUGGACUACUCAGGGGAACACUGAGUGCUUUGCUCUCCUGGUGUCACCUUCAUGGUAAUAGUUCAACUUUGAUCAGUAAAAUCAAUGAUCUUCUGGACGCAGUUGGCCAGUGUGAAGAGUGUGUGCUUAAACGUCUGAAAUCAGUCACUCCACAGCCCCAAGUUACAGAUUUAUUGGACUCCAUUGAGGAUAUGGACCUUUGUCAUGUAGUUCCAGCUGAGAAAAAGAUUGAUGAAACUAAAGAUGAAAGAUUCUGUGAAAAUAGUGCUGAAUUUAACAAAAACUCUGACAAGAGUCAUAACGGAAUACAUUGUUCACAUUCAGAAUGUUGCAGAACACAAGAACAUGCACAUUUGGAAAAGCCAAGCCUCACUUGGAUUCUGGAACAGACAACUAGUUUAGUGAAACAGCUGGGAGUAUCAGUAGACGUAUUACAGCACCUGAGACAACUCUAAAAUUAUCUCUCCUUUUGGAGUGGAAGUAAUGCUCACAAUAUUCCUUAGAGCAUUGUGUUUCUAAAAAAGGUAACCGUUGGUUGAAUACUUCACUUGUAGUUACCCCUUGUGGAAGCAUGAGGGGUCUCAGGGCUAACAUUAGUAAAUGGAAUAUAAGCCUUUAUCUUUGUUAUUGGUAAUGUUUUAGUUUUAGAUAUGCUCAGAAAUACACAUUGUCAUUUUCAGGUUUCUAAUCAAAAUCUAGUCAUUUUUAGACUAGCAAAACCCAAAAACAAGAGAAAAAAAUCUAAUGCUGCUUUCUAUUUUUGUCAGUAUCAGAUGGUUUAGGCCCCUCACCAGCAACCAAAGCAGAGUUGCCAGAAAUAACCUAAAGUAAAUGUGUAAAUAGCUAUACAUUGAAGUCAAGAGACCAUAAAAACUGACACAUUAUUUAUAUUGUUGAUUGAAUAAUUGAAAGUAAAGUGCUAAAAUUGACCUUAUUUACAUGUUGGUUAUAGAUGUUCGAUUCUAUGAGAAAUAGAAAAAAAUACAUUUCAUGUUAAACAUAAAGAACUGCUUAGUUUUCUAGGGUAGUGAGCAGUUGGCCAUGUUUUCUCCAAACAGACUAUUUCUGAACUGUAGCCUUGUCAUCUACAUUGGAAUAAAACACUGAGCCCA